AUGAUAAGGGCAAGGGAAUUGGUCAUGGCCAAAGUCAGAGGUGGACCUCUCUCCCCCGCGGCGCACGUUAGCCCCUCUCCCUCUCUCCCAAGCGGUGGUGGCCUCCUCAUCCACCCACGUCACAAAUUCAGCCGCACAUCCCUCCCCACUUUAACAACAACCAUGCCCCUUUCCCUCCACCACACCCUACCCAAACAACCUUCUCACUCUCUUCUCCUCUCCCCCUUAACCUCCGCCCCCCUCCUCCUUAUACUUCACUCACCCCCUUAA